CAGACAAUGUGACCGACUGGCCGUGUUGGGGUCCACCCGCUCCAGGGGGGAGGGGUGUGUGUGCUCCAGUUGUCAGCUGGUCCAUCUGGAGGAAUGUUUCGCUGACUCUCUGCUUCGGUUUCGGACUGCGCUCCUGAACUUCUGCGGUACAAACUUUUAUUUGCGCUCAUGAGAUUCCGGGAUUCGGUCCACAUCCUCACCUCAGCAGUAUGGCCAUAGCUGCGCGGUCCCGGACGGGGUUCUACCGGCAGGAGGUGAACAGAACCGUGUGGGAGGUGCCGGAGAGGUACCGGGACUUAAAGCAGGUCGGCACCGGAGCCUACGGAACCGUGUGUUCGGCUUGGGACCGGCGCUCAGGGACUCAGGUGGCCAUCAAGAAGCUCCACCGGCCCUUCCAAUCCAAACUUUUUGCCAAAAGAGCCUACAGAGAGCUGCGACUCCUCAAACACAUGAAGCAUGAAAAUGUGAUUGGGCUGUUGGAUGUUUUCACAGCUGAGAUCUCUUUGGAUCGGUUUCGAGACUUCUACCUGGUGAUGCCGUUCAUGGGCACCGACCUCGGCAAGUUGAUGAAGAUGGAGAGACUGUCGGAGGAUCGCGUCCAGUUCCUGGUUUAUCAGAUGCUGAGAGGCCUUAAGUAUAUCCACUCUGCAGGGAUCAUCCACAGGGACCUCAAACCUGGAAAUUUGGCCAUAAACCCUGAUUGUGAGCUAAAGAUCCUGGACUUUGGCUUGGCCCGGCAGGCCGACGCGGAGAUGACCGGCUACGUUGUGACGCGCUGGUACAGAGCGCCGGAGGUUAUCCUUAACUGGAUGCACUACACGCAGACUGUGGAUAUUUGGUCGGCGGGUUGCAUCAUGGCAGAGAUGUUGCUGGGGAAACCUUUGUUCAAGGGAAACGACCACCUGGACCAGUUAAGAGAAAUCAUGAAGAUUACAGGAACUCCGACUCCCGACUUUGUCCUCAAGCUACAGAGUCAAGAUGCCAGAAACUACAUCCGGAGUUUACCGAAAGUGCCAAAGAAAGAUUUGCCCUCCAUUUUCUCCAAAGCCAGCUCAAAUGCGGUGAGCGUCCUGGAAAAGAUGCUCCUUCUGGACCCUGACAGCAGGGCCAGCGCGUCGGAGGCCCUGGAGCUGCUGUUCUUCAGCGAGUUCAGGGACGUGGAGGAGGAGAGCGAGGCGCUGCCGUACGACCAGACCCUGGACAACACGGACCUGCCGCUGGAGCAGUGGAAACGUCAUACCUUCACAGAGAUCCUGACCUUCCGGCCGCCGCGGGACUCAAAGGAAACAUCACUUUAAGAGCUGCAGACAUGAACUUUUACCUACACGCAGAAAUAUUAUUUUUAAUCUUAUCUAUUAGUAGCUGUCCAAAUGCUUUUACUGUCAAUAAAUAGUUCAGAUAUUCAAAAUAAUUUGCUCCAUUUAUUUUUUCUU